CAAAUAAAAUUAUUAAAAAAAAAACAUUAAAAACCACUACAAAAGCAUUAAAUAAACAAAAAUAUCUAAACAAAGAAAGUACAGCAAAAUUAAAACAAAACGAAAGCAAUUAAAUCCGCAACAACUACGUAUUUUAACAAAAUUAAUAUUAUUAAUUGCUAAGUUAUUACGAUUGAACUCAAGAACGUAAGAGGAGGAGGAAUCAGUAAAUUGGUCACAUCACAAAAAUUGUUUUCGACAAAAAAGGCUGAGGUGAAGAAGUCUAAAAACCAGGAAGUGAGUGAAUUUACUUGUAAGAUAACAAAUUACAAUUGUGAAAAAGUAAUUUAUAGAAGACAAGUUUACAAAUCUGUUUGCAACACAAAAAAUAAAAAGCUGUUUAAUUUCCUGUUUAUUGUCUAUUGCUUAGUGGAGCCAUGGAAGUUAAAAAAAUGCCCAAUUCAUCGUCGGGCCGUAAACAGCCAACAGCUGUUUCCCGUAUGAAACAGGAUUAUAUGCGUUUAAAACGUGACCCAUUGCCUUAUAUCACCGCAGAACCUUUACCCAAUAACAUUUUAGAAUGGCAUUAUGUUGUCAAAGGUCCCGAAGAUUCACCCUAUUAUGGUGGUUAUUAUCAUGGUACCCUAUUGUUUCCCAGAGAAUUUCCCUUUAAGCCGCCAUCAAUUUAUAUGCUGACACCGAAUGGACGUUUCAAAACAAAUACCCGUCUGUGUUUAAGUAUAUCAGACUUCCAUCCCGAUACAUGGAAUCCAACUUGGUGUGUUGGCACUAUUCUUACUGGUUUAUUAAGCUUUAUGUUGGAAAGUACCGCUACAUUAGGAUCAAUCGAAACUACAAAUUAUGAAAAACAGCAACUCGCCAAAAAAUCGCUUGCAUUUAAUUUAAAAAAUCCCCAUUUUGUUGAAUUAUUUCCCGAAAUAUGCGAAGAGAUUAACAAAAGACUUCAAACUGAAAAAGAACAGAAAUUGAAAGCAUUAAAUGCUGCUGCAAAUGGUACAAUUGCCAACGGUACAAAUGGUCUCAAAGCCACACUGAAUGGUGGUGGUAUGGUGGGCGUCGGCGGUGUGAGAGCCCGUUUAGCUGCAAAUGGUACAACUGCAAAUGUAAACGAUAUAAAUGGUGGCACUGCAGCAGAUCCAAAUUCAGCGAAAAGUCUAUCAAAUUCUUACUUGAAUUGGCAAUCAAAUAUCAUAAUUAUAAUAUGUUUUGCUAUAUUUGUAUUAGUUGUAAAUUAUGUUUUCAAAAAUAUUAAUCAGGAAUAGAAGCUAAUGAUGUUAAUGUUAAAUUGUCAAUAUUAGCGAAGAGGAUGGGAUGCGCAUAAAAUGAAAUUGUUUACCUUUUUUUUACAUGUUUUGUUUUAAUUUGCUUUAUAGUUUGUAUGUAUGUUUAUUUAAUAUAACUUAUCUUCAAUUACUCUCCCUCUUCUGUUCUAUUUCUAACUACAUACAGUUUUCUUGGAUUCCAAACAUUUCUCUCACUUUACAAUGUAGAGUUUUAUAAAUAAAUAGAAAUAAUAAAAUAUGGCAUAUUAAUACAAAAUAAAAUUUAUAUACCUAUAUAUUACAAAAUUAUCCCAGCCUAUAAAAACAAAAUUAUUUCAUGGUGAAAACCUAAUACUUCACUUAUUAUAUACAUACAUAGUUCUACGUUAGAGUUAUAAUUUUUGUAAAAAAUUAAAUAAUUAAUCGUUGGGGAUAGUAGGCAAAGUAUAUUUAAAUUUUAGUAAAAAAUAAAAAAUGAUAAAUAAAGUAAUUGAAAUACAACAACGCUUAUUUGUGUAAUAUACAUAUUAAUUAAAUUUGUAUUCUGUACAUGACUUUAAGUAAUAAUUAAUGAAUAAAAAAUUUUAAAGCAAAA